AUGGGUGCUUGUGACAUUGUGACUGAAGCCAACGUCUCAUCUGAUGUUGACAGCAAUGCCACGGGAAUCACGGCCUUCUCCAUGCCUGGCUGGCAGCUGGGCCUGUGGGCCACAGCCUACCUAGCCCUGGUGUUGGUGGCCGUGGUGGGCAACGCCACGGUCAUCUGGAUCAUCUUGGCUCACCGGAGGAUGCGCACAGUUACCAACUACUUCAUCGUGAAUCUGGCAUUGGCUGACCUCUGUAUGGCCACCUUUAACGCUGCCUUCAACUUUGUCUACGCCAGCCACAACAUCUGGUACUUCGGCCGCGCCUUCUGCUACUUCCAGAACCUCUUCCCCAUCACGGCCAUGUUUGUCAGCAUCUAUUCCAUGACGGCCAUCGCAGCCGACAGGUACAUGGCCAUCGUGCACCCCUUCCAGCCCCGCCUCUCAGCGCCUGGCACCAAGGCAGUCAUCGCUGGCAUCUGGCUGGUGGCCCUGGCCCUCGCCUUCCCCCAGUGCUUCUACUCCACCAUCACUAUGGACCAGGGUGCUACCAAGUGUGUGGUAGCCUGGCCUGAAGACAGUGGAGGCAAGAUGCUCCUCCUGUACCACCUCACGGUGAUCGCCCUCAUCUACUUCCUGCCAUUGGUGGUGAUGUUUGUCGCCUACAGCAUCAUCGGUCUCACACUCUGGAAGCGCGCGGUGCCCAGGCAUGAGGCGCACGGCGCCAACCUGCGCCACCUGCGGGCCAAGAAGAAGUUUGUGAAGACCAUGGUGCUGGUGGUGGUGACCUUCGCUAUCUGCUGGCUGCCCUACCACCUCUACUUCCUGCUGGGCCACUUCCAGGAGGACAUCUAUUGCCAUAAGUUCAUCCAGCAGGUCUACCUGGCCCUCUUCUGGCUGGCCAUGAGCUCCACCAUGUACAACCCCAUUAUCUACUGCUGCCUCAACCACAGGUUUCGCUCAGGAUUCCGCCUGGCUUUCCGCUGCUGCCCUUGGGUCACACCAGCUGAGGAAGAUAGACUGGAGCUGACACACACACCGUCCCUCUCCAUGCGGGUCAACAGGUGUCACACCAAAGAGACUCUGUUCCUGGCUGGGGAGGUGGUCCCCUCCGAGGUUGCCAACGGGCAGGCUGGAGGUGCCCAGGACACGGCUGCCUGUGAAUUCUGAAGCCUUGUGCCUGGCUGCGAGGCGGGAGGCUUAGCAUCCUUGAAGAAGCAGCCAGCCAAGCGGACAGACCAGACAGUCUAGACCAUGUCUGCCACAUCCACAGAAAACAGCAUGGAGCGAGAGUCUCCCCAUGGCAGGGUGGCACCUCAAGGGAGCCAUGGGGGUUGGAGCGC